CGACGGAUCGUCAGCGACAUAGCAUCACGGGCAUUGCUCCUUUGAAACACAUCCUCUACGCCCGAUCAUACUGCAAAACCAUAACUGGACAUCGUGCGCUCAGGGCGGUGUCACAUCGCGCGAGAAAUGCUUGAACGUGGAGUCGAUCUGGAACCGCGCAAUGUCCGGGGACAUCAUCACCGGAUCGCACGAGCUGGCUUGAGUGAUUGACUUCGAGAGCACUGAAAUAUGAGGACAACUAUGCGCACCUCAAGAUGUAUAAAGGCGCGACAAUGCCAUAGGGAAUGGCUAAACACAGCUUCAUUCCUCCCUUUUCCAUCAGCGCUAGUCGUUCUUCUCUUCAGUUCUCUUCCUCCUAUCGCAGCCAUGCGUUACUCCAUCCUCUUCCUUACCACCAUCCUCCCGGUGUCGCUAGCCGCACCCAUCGCUUCCACCCACCAGAUCCAGCCCCCGGCACGCCUCAACCGCCGCUCUUUCACCGCCCGUGAAGAACGUUACACCCAGCCCGACGGCGGCUUCCCCGUGCCACCCGUCGCCCCAGCUCCAGGCGCCCCAGCUCCUGGGCGUUUCUCCGGCCCAGAUGGUGGCUGGGUGAAACGACAGAGCGCUGAGCCGGAUGUCUGGACUCCUCCUGGCCCAAGAAACGGGGUAUCCGAUGGAGGCUCGGCUGCGGUACCUGCACCGACUGAAGUCUAUGUUCCCCCUUCCAUCCCAGCACCAACGGAGGUUUACUCUCCCCCAUCCGUGCCAGCACCUACCGAAGCCGCACCCCCGCCCUCGAACAUCGGCUGGUCCAUCGCCACACGUCAGGACCGCUACACGCAGCCCGACGGCGGAUUCUACGUCCCGCCUCCUGCCCCGGUUGCACCCGUAGAUCCAGCGCCUGGACGAUACGAUAGCCCAGACGGCGGAUGGGCGAAGCGUCAGGAUCGUUAUACGCAGCCCGACGGCGGAUUCUACGCCCCGCCACCUGCCCCGGUUGCACCCGUAGAUCCAGCGCCUGGACGAUACGAUAGCCCAGACGGCGGAUGGGCGAAGCGUCAGGAUCGUUAUACGCAGCCCGAUGGCGGAUUUUACGUCGCUCCUGCGCCUGUUGCACCUGGGCCGGUCGAAGCGGUACCGGGACGGUAUGAGGGGGUUGAUGGUGGGUGGAAAGCUUAAGGAAGUUGGCAAGCAGUUUUGGGCUUGUUUUGUGAUGUAGG